UAGCGCGCGAGCAGCAGGUUUUGUGAGCUUCUCUCCGCACGGGAUUUUUUGGACAUUCUUCUAUACAUCUAUAUCUUCUAUCUAUCUUUCUAUAUCUCUAUUUCUUUCUCAUUUUUCUUCCUAUUUUUUCUUCUUGAUUCGGUUUGAAAGCGGAGAAGUGAACAGUUAGUUCGACACACUUUUAAUUUAUUAUUUUUUUGCACGCGCACGCAAGAACGCGCAGGCAGAGAAGAAGGCAAGGAAAGAAAGGCAAAGGGAAGCACACAGAGGCAGGCGCGCUCUCGCAAAGCGACGCGAACACGCGCGCGAACCUCGAUGUCUUAUCGUGAAGUGCUGUUGAGGAACCGAGCUUGAGAGAGACAGAGAGAGAGAGCAAGAGAGAGAGAGUGAAUGAGGAGGGAGAGGACUGGUGGUGGUGUUUCUCCCCCCUCCUCCCCUCUUCCUCUCCUCCUCCUCUUCCUCCUUCUUCUUCUCCUUCUUCUUCUCUCUCUACUUCUCACUCUACUUCUUCAUCAUCAACCUCACCAUCAUCAUCACAACCACCACCAACCAACCUCCUUCUCCUCCUUCUUCUUCUUCCUCCUCUCCCUCUCUUCGGGCGCACCGGGGAUGGAAGAACUGACCGCUUUUGUGUCCAAAUCUUUUGAUCAGAAAGUGAAGGAAAAGAAGGAGGCCAUCACCUACCGGGAGGUGCUCGAGGCCGCCGGUUCGGCGCGCCCGAGGGACGCUCUGGCCACUGACGCGGCGGCACGCGAGGACGCCGUUGCGGGAGCUCGAGGAGGAACAGGAGGUCCGGGAGGAGGAGGCGCUCGAUCGCCGCUGCGGGACACGGACAUGGCAGGGCCGGAUAGGAGAGAGGCGGGCAGCCCGAAACUGACGGACGGUACCACGGACCUGAAGGAGCGCAGGGAGGAGACGAAGGCGACCGAGGACGAGACGCAAACGAAGAUCAAACAGCGGCGCAGUCGCACGAACUUCACGCUCGAGCAGCUCAACGAGCUCGAGCGCCUGUUCGACGAGACGCACUAUCCGGACGCCUUUAUGCGCGAGGAGCUCAGCCAGAGGCUCGGUCUGUCAGAGGCGCGCGUGCAGGUUUGGUUCCAGAAUCGGAGAGCGAAGUGCAGAAAACAGGAAAAUCAGCUUCAUAAAGGGGUGCUUAUAGGAGCUGCAAGUCAGUUCGAAGCAUGUCGUGUCGCACCAUAUGUCAACGUGGGAGCUCUGCGUAUGCCGUUCCAACAGGAUAGUCAUAGCAACCUGCCGCCCUUCUCCUUUCAGGUGCAGGCGCAGUUGCAGCUGGACAGCGCCGUGGCGCACGCGGCGCACCACCACCUGCACUCACACCUGGCGGCGCACGCACCCUACAUGAUGUUCCCGGCGCCGCCCUUCGGCCUCCCGCUGGCCACACUGGCCGCGGAAUCAGCCUCAGCAGCGUCCGUGGCGGCGGCAGCGGCGGCGGCCAAGAACAGCAACAAGAACUCCAGCAUCGCGGACCUGCGCCUUAAGGCCAAGAAACACGCGGCUGCGCUCGGCCUGUGACACGCGGUGUUAACGGGACAGGGGGUCCAGGGGUGGAUGGAAAGAACGGGGAACGAUCCCAGACAGCACCAACACCUCUACCACCACCCGGGCGCACUAAGAGGACUGUGUUCACGCUUUCCUGGCGAAAGGGACUCACGCGUCACGCAAGCUUUACGCAUCACGAGUGAAGGAGAGGUUAUUUAUGAGAUUUAAUCCACUGAACGGACAAACAUGGACAAGCUGUGAAGAACGCAAAGGACACUCGAGUUUAGUGCUUUGUGCGCAAAUCAGAAAUAAGAAAUUCAAAACCUGACUUGGACGCUGGACGCUCUCUUGGGCACGCGCUGUUUUAAUACGUUAUUAUUAUUACUACUACUACGAUGAUUAUUAUUGUUAUUAUUAUUACUAUCGUGAUUCUAAAAAAAUCAAGAGGCUGGCCUCGUUUUAUUCGACACUGAGGAAAACUACGGACUACACUUUGUGUACAAAAAAAGCACCUCCUCAAAAAUCAAAAGACAAAAAAAUUUCCAACUCGGAAAAUAAAAAGCCACGACUGUCCCCUCUUGGGAUGACAUACUUUGGGGUGUCGUUGGCUCAAACUCUUUUUUGGCGCGCAUGGGAGCGCGUUGAGGACUGAAGAACCUUUAAAAGAGUUAAAAAUAAAUAACGAAAAAAUUAUCAACGUUUAUUCUUCUGACUAUGGUGAAGUUCAUUCCACAUCAGGUCAAUAAAAUUUUAUCCACUUUUGGAUUUUUUUAAAUGUUUUUUUGUUUGGUUGGGUUUUUUUUUGCAUUUGAGGUCAAUCCCGUAGGAUAUUGACCUCGUAUUAAUGUAUUACGUAUUACGUCAUUAAUGUGUAGAUUUAACAAAUGUAAAAAAACAUAAAAGAAAAGUGCUGGAAACUGGUACGGGCACAACAUGUACAAAAUGUUCAUAGGAAACGAAAAAUUAUUUUUGCUUAUUUUGUGCUUUCUGAAGGUUUUCGUUAUUGGUUAUUUUUCCUUCUCUCUCUUUCUGUUUGCUUUCCUCACCUUGUGUUAAAGAACACGUGGCUCUCUCUCUCUGUACUGUUGGUGUUUUAUAAAGGUUCAAGUAUGAAAACGUUACCUCGAAUGCAGGCUGGAUGAUCGUUAAACACGUUUAAGCGUUUUUUUUCUUUUUAAUUAAAACGAAAAAUACAAGCCUAAUUUCUUCAUUACUGUGAAACGUGAGCUCACCUGAACAAUGUUUUCCAUUCGUAAUAAAUCCACGAAACGUAUGGAUAAGG